CAGGAGGAGGGAUUUUGUUGACAUGGCAACCCUGCCGCCGCCCCGGAUCCGGUUUGCCCUCAUUACUGCACCGGAGGGGGAAGACAGGGACACGGAGACGGUUCGGCUCUCGCGCACGCAGCAACCAAACCGCGGAGGCCUUUGGACCGGAUUCACUUCGUUUCCUUCCGCAAAUCAGAGCGACUGAAGUUUAAUUCGAACUUCAGCGCCGUUUCUCGGUUCCGGUGAGCGGAUUGUCACGCGCCGGGACGGGAAACUUUACCUCUUUACUGCCUGCAUUACAGCGGCAUCUUUCUGCUCUCACCUUCAUGCUCGGACUUUUUCUUCUUCACAUGAAGCUAAACAAAACGCAUCUGAGAAGUGUGUGUGUGUGUGUGUGUGUGUGUGUGUGUAGUGGAGAGUGAUGGCGCAGCUCCGUUAACGGAUCGUCUGCACGGACACUUUAACAGAUAAAAACAAACCCGAACGCAAACAAACACUUCAGAAGUGUAGUCAGUGGCUGUGUGUUUGUGAGGCGGCGAAAGAAGCGCGUGACUGCGUGUUUGUGCGCGUGAGUCGGACUGGUAUGGAGGCUCGGUUCGGCUUUGGCGGAGUUUUUGAUUCUUCAUUCCGAGCGGUCCGUCCGCAUGGCGCGCGAGACACCGGAGCGGCGGGAGAAGUUGCUUCGCUGGCGGAGAUGUGGGACAGAGAGUGGAGAGACGCGCGCGGGACUAGCACCAACGGCGGAGGAGGAGGAGGAGGAGGAGGGGGAACAGCGCGCUCCGUUACGGCGGCGCUCGCGCGGGACGGUAGAGUGACCUCGAGUUGCACGGAGGCUCGCGCCGCCACCACCACGCUGAGCGAGCUGCUCUGCUCGGACACCGGAUACAGCACCAGCGACACCCUCAGCACCGCUCCGAGAGCACGCGGCAGCGCGCGCGAGCCCACAGCCAGCGGUGGUGACACGAGCGCCGUCCCGAGCUGCUGCUGCUGUUCCGGUAGCACCGGCACCACCACCACCACCAUCUCGGAGACGGCGCGCGAGCUGUGCAAAGCCGUGUCCGUGUCGCUGGGGCUGGCCAUGGACCCGCACGCGCAGCACGACGGGAACAGGAGCGCGGACUUUUUCGAAGUGCGCCGCAGGAAGGAGGAGGAAGAGGACCGGGUGCACGCGCGAAGCGACGACAAGAGCAGCAGCAGCAGCGCGAGCGCAGGUGGAGGUGCAGCGGGACGUGAGGGACGCGCGACGCACGUGCACGGCGACAACAACAAACUGCUCGAGAUGUUCAAAAGUGGCGGCGAGGAGGACAUGAUGAUGAUGAUGCAGAUGGACAACGCUCGCGCGCAUCACCAGGCGGCGGUGAUAACGGAGAAUUCGGAGUUCGGACCGGGAGUCGCGAGCAUGAUGAGUUCCAAAAGCGCGAGCGCGGCGGCGGGUUCGUCCUCUUCCUCUUCCUCUUCGUCCUGUCAGUUCCAGCAACAACAACAACAACAACAACAACAACAGCACCACGACCCGCAGGGGAACUUCGAGCUCGCGCCGCCCGUGUACGACAGGUACGGUGAUGAUUACUAUUACUACUGGCCGCGCUACAGCAACGUGCGCGUGAAGUCCGAGUCCGUGACGCCGCCGGUGACUCGCUACGGUCACGGCGCCGCGCAGUACGGGAAUCCCGCGUGCACCGUCUCCGCCGCCGGACUGGACGCGCCGCUCAUCUGCAGCCCGUAUGAGUACGACUACGGCGCGCGCACCGGACCGGGACCGGCUCUCAGCGCCGCGCACGAGCCAUGGUACCACCAGAGCAGCACCGUGUUACCGCGCGUGUCAUUUCCCACCGCCGCGUGCAUGAAGAACGAAGUCGGAGAAUGGCUGGAUGUGAGCAGCAUGCAGGAGGGCAGGUUGGAGAGUGCGAGGGAGGUGUUCCCCAUGGAGUUUUUCUUCCCUCCGCAGCGCACCUGCCUGAUCUGUUCUGAUGAAGCGUCCGGGUGCCAUUACGGAGCUCUGACCUGCGGCAGCUGCAAAGUGUUUUUCAAAAGAGCAGCGGAAGGGAAGCAGAAGUAUCUGUGUGCGAGCAGGAACGACUGCACCAUUGAUAAGCUGAGGAGGAAGAACUGUCCGUCCUGUCGUCUGAAAAAGUGCUUUGAGGCUGGAAUGACUCUCGGAGGUAAAGCGAGCGCUCGUAAACUGAAGAAGAUUGGUCAGCUGAAGGUUCCUGAAGAGGAGAGUCCGGUUUCAUCUAUGCCAUCAGGUUCUGGUUCAGUCGAGCUAAUCCAGAAUCCAUCACCCAAAGCGAGUCUGACGUUCCACUCUCAGUUCGUCUUCCUCAGCAUCCUGGAGUCCAUCGAGCCUGAAGUGGUGAACGCAGGGCAUGACCACGCACAGCCCGACUCCGCUGCCGCCCUCCUCACCAGCCUUAACGAGCUUGGAGAGAGGCAACUCGUUAAGGUGGUGAAAUGGGCCAAAGGACUGCCAGGAUUCCGUAACCUGCACGUGGACGAUCAGAUGACGAUGAUCCAACAUGCCUGGAUGGCUGUGAUGGUCUUCGCUCUCGGAUGGAGAUCGUACAAAAACGUCAACGCUCGCAUGCUCUACUUCGCUCCUGACCUGGUCUUCAAUGAUCGGAGGAUGCACAUCUCCAGUAUGUAUGAACACUGUAUGCAGAUGAAACACUUGUCGCAGGAGUUCGUUUUGCUGCAGGUCACACAGGAGGAGUUUCUCUGCAUGAAGGCCCUCCUCCUCUUCAGCAUCAUUCCUGUGGAGGGGUUGAAGAGUCAGAAGUACUUUGAUGAGUUGAGGUUGUCGUAUAUAAACGAACUCGAUCGUCUGAUUAAUUACGGCAGGAAGAGUAACUGUGCACAGCGUUUCUACCAACUGACCAGACUGAUGGACUCACUGCAGCCGAUUGUCCGGAAGCUUCACCAGUUCACCUUUGACCUUUUCGUUCAGGCUCAGUCUCUGCCCACGAAGGUCAGCUUCCCGGAGAUGAUCGCUGAAAUCAUCUCAGUGCAGGUACCAAAGAUCCUCGCCGGCCUGGCCAAGCCCAUCCUGUUCCACAAGACUGUGACUCCGCCCCCUCCGGCGCCCAGGCUGGCCACGCCCACUCAGCCAGACCUGGCCUGAUCUGAUCUGAUCUGAUCCGGUCUGAACCUGUUUCUCCAGCUUCAUGCUUUUUUUUUUUGUUGUUAGGUUUCAGCAGGGAGACUUAAACAUCCUCAUUUUCACUCUCUCUCUCUCCCUCUCUCUCUCUCUCUCUCUCUCUCCAUCCUUUUCUUCCUUCUUCAGAAAGUGUCUGUAAAAUCUGCAGAGGACCAUUACAUCAUUACGCCGGUCUAUCUUCUGCUCAAAGAUAAUUUCAGAUCAUUUUCUCACGCCGGCAGUGUCGUCUCUCUCUCUCUCCCCCUCUCUCUCUCCCUCUCUCUCUCUCUCUCUCUCUCUCCCUCCCUCUCUCUCUUUCUCUCUCUAUCUAUCUAUCUGUCUUUUUUCUCCAGCAUUUAUUCCUGAAGAGUCUGAAGAGCUAUGCUGUGUUACCUGAUGGACAGGUUUAUAAAAAAAAGAAGAAGACGAAGAAGAGAAAAGGGAGAAAAAACCCUUUUAGUUUUAUCUGAGCCCUGAAAAAGACAAAGUGUGCACUAGAAAGUUUCCCUAAGAGAAGCACUGGUCUGUUUACUUCACAUACGACUCUAUGCAUUUGGAAAAAAAUAAAUAAAUAUAAUAAAAAAAUAAAAAUAAUAAUAAAAAAAGGUCUAAAGUAUAAACUGCCAUACGCUUGCACCUUUUCAGAAACAAACGACAGCCUGAAUAAAGCUCGCGCUGCUUUUCUUUGCCAGUUAAUAAUGAACCAAAACGACGACAAUCGAAAUGCGCUCGUUAUCCGUGCCUCGGUUUUAUUUACGUUUCCGAAACGACGAUCAAAGCGACACGAAUGUCUCCGAGUUUCGCACGUUUUCACCAUCACACACUUCUCCGCAUCAACGUUCUCCGACUGAAGAACCCAGAAAUGUACGUGAUGUUCCCUUUAGCACAAAUGUACACCGUCCGUUAUGACGACGCUAACGUAGCUCGCUAACUGCUAACUGCUAACUGCGCGCUUGUAGAAGGGUUCUUCAGACCGUGUCUUUAUGUAGAACCACAUACAACAUUGUUCUCCUGUCAAACUAGAACCCAUUCAGGACACUAUGAAACAUUGAAGAACCUGGUUCUCUUCAACAGAACAUUUAGUACCAUUAAGGGUUCUUCAGUUGUCCAUCUAAAGGAACCCAACAGUAUGUACACUCUUAGAAAAACAAAGUUUAGUUAAUGGGUCUUUAAAUAAUUAAGGGUUCUUAGCUUCCAAAAGUUGAUUUUACUUGGAACCCUUUCUGAUAGGGUUCUACACAGAGCCACAGAAGAAGGGUUUUCAAUCUUCAAAAGGGUUUUCUAUGGGUUCCUCAAGAGUUCAUUGGAUAGUUAAGGGUUCCAAGCUUCUAAAAAACGAUCUAACAGGAACCUUUGCUGAUAGGGUUCCACUGUUGUAGGGUUCUAGACAGAAAUUUGAAACUUUUCCUGCAAAGGGACAACCCAAGAAUGUUUAAGGGAACUCAUUUCUCUAAGAGUUCUUCAAGGGUUCUUUAGGAGUUCAUUGGAUAAUCGAGGGAUCGUAGUGUUCUAACAGGGUUCUAGUUUCUGACAGGGAAACAUCUUGUUACAAGGUUCUACAAAAAAACUUUAAAAUGUCCUCCAGAGAGGCAACUGAAGAACCUUUAAGGGUUCUAAAAGUGUACGCUAAAACAGUUCUCUAAGGGUUCGUGGAAUAAUUCUGGGUUCUUUAAAAAGAAAAGGGUCUAAAUGGAACCCUUGCUGAUAGGAAUCCACUGUUGUAGGGUUCUACAGAGAACCUUUACGGUUCCUGUUCUAGAGGGACAACUAAAGAACCAUUAAGACUUCUAAAUGUUCAAUCAGCGUACAUUUGAGGCAAAAGGAAACAUCGUGUACAUUUAGUUUUUAUUUUAAUUGUUCCUAUAAGGUCAGGAACAAGGGGCGGAGUCAGAGUGAUGGGCGUGACUUUUAAUUAUCUUAGCUCCGCCCCUGAUAGGAGUCUGUGAUGAUGAGAGUGAUUCUUUUUCAUUUUAAAUGAGGAAGUGUGUGUGUGUGUGUGUGUGUGUGUGUGAGAAACAUUGAUUUUGCCUUUGACUAGACUAUCCCACACACACACUCACACUAACACACACACACACACACACACACACACACACACGUGUAUAGUUUUGACUCGUUGCUGCUUCUUACACUAAAAAGAAAUAAAAAUCAGUGCAUGAUGACUUCAACACUUCCACCUGAAUGUUUUUAUUGUAAACUUUAUGAAAGUCGUUUCUUUUUUUCUCUCUCUUUAAAUUUUUGUAGCGGGAAAAACACACACACACACACACACACACACACACACACACUCACAUACUCAUACACACACACACACAAGCUUUUGCACUUGGAUGUAAAUCUUCCAGCUCACCGCUUCAGCCUUUAGCGUAGCGCUGGUGUGAGACACGACGUGGUCUUCUCCUCACGAGCAAUAAGUCAUGGCCUCCACACACACACACACACACACACACACACACACACACACACACACAGCUAGCUAAAAACGUAGCUAAGAGCUAGCUAAUAUAACUAGCGCGCUAACUAAUCCAUGCUAGCUAACACGUAUACACACGCUGCCCGUCGAGUUGCUCUGUUAGCAUGUCUUUCUUUUUUCUUUCUCUCCUCUACCUCCUCUCUUCCCUCUUUCCUUCUCCAGUUCUUCUUCUUCACUCCUUCUUUUCUUUCUCUACUUUCCCUUCUUCUUCCUUUCUUUCACACAGUCCUCCCCUUUCCAUCCAUCCAUCCAUCCAUCCAUCCCUUUGUAAAUUUCUCUCUCCUCCUCUUUCCUAUUCGGUCUCUCCUUCAUGCUUUCCUUUCUUCCUCCUCCUUUCCUUUCUAUUUAUCCUUCUCCUCCUCCCAACUCUUCUCUCUCUCACUCGUUUGCCUUUUCACCAUCUUUCAUUUUCCUUUUCUUUUAUACAAACCUCCCCUUUCCUAGUCUCCUUUGUUUCUUCCUCUUUCCAUCUUUUCUCUCUAUCCUUUCGCUUUUCUAAUUUUUCUCUUUAUCUUCUCCUUUUUUUUCUUCACAAUCGUCCUUUUUUCUUUGUUCACCCUCUAAUUUUUCCUUCUAAUUUCCUUCUAAUAAACUUCUCACUUAGUUUAUUCUUUCUCUAAUUUCUCUCUCUCUCUCUCUCUCUCUCUCUCUCUCUCUCUCUAAGCCACACCCGUGCGUUUUUCUCUGCACUUUAGCCACAGGCUCGAGCUUCACGUCUGAGCUGUGUGUGUCAGGAGACAGAAGUCUGCGCUAAUAGCCGAGCCGAAUGCAGAUUUUUCUCCGUGAAUGAAUAAUCUCUCCGCCGCUUUGCUAUGUAGAUUGCUUUUUAAGGAGCUCGGGAGCGUCGUAUCUGUCGUUCUCGCGAGCCCCGGCCGGGUUUCAGGCGCCACCGAGGAGGGUUUUUUUUUUCUCUGCAGUUUUCUCUUUUCUGUCGAGGCGAAUGUGCCGUGAGGAGAAAACGAGGCUGUCAGGGACGAGACAGCGCAAAAAAUACACUCGCACAGGUGUUUACCACAAAAGAGCUCAUUACAAUCCCAAACUCGGAGGAAGAAAGUACUCCUCACACACACACACUCUCUCUCUCACACACACACACACACACACACACUUACAACCAAACCCGAGCACUGAAUCAUUAAUCGAUAAACGCUUGAUCAUAAUGAAUCACAAGAACUCACAUACAUCGAGGGGAUUUUCCUAUUGAGCAUGACCAGCCUUUAGCAUUUAGCCUGUUUCACACUCACACACACACACACACACACACACACACACACACACACGGAGAACAACAACCGACCGUCUUCAGCUCAUUAAAUCAUAAACUCGCCGACGCUUUGAUGGUAAUUAUUGACGAUUGCGCACACGGAGGGCUGUUUCAUAUUUGAUCACAGCGUGAAGUUCGUUUUUGUUCUGCGUUUUUUUUUUUAAUAUAAAUAUAAUCUGUACACGAUUAAUGUGCUGCUAGUGGCAUGUCGAUAAAAACACGUUAGCUCCGUGAUUUAUAACGCACUUUUGGAAUGCAGUCUUUUCUGAAACACUUCACCGACGGCUGAUACGAACACCGCUUUUGUAUUUUUACUAUUCGACUCGAAGCCUUAAAGGUGCAGUUUGUAGUUUUUAACUUCGUAACCUUUAAUAAACGUUUCGUUUUUAACGCAGUAGAGAAAAAUUACGCAAUAUGCAAAUAUAGUGGUGCGUUCAUUGGAUGUCAGUUUCUGAGUUUUGUAAUUUCCUUGUUUUUUUUUUUUUUUAAGGAUUUUUGUGUCGCUUCGCUCUGAAUGAGCUAUUAGCUAUUAGCCCCGCCCACCACAGAACAAAGCCACACGUUCGAAAAGAGCUCCGCCACAUUUUCCAUAAAAGGUAAUACAUGAGGUGUAAAAGUGAGCCUGAACGUUAUGGCUGAGAAAGACGAUCGGACAUGUAUAGGAAAAUACGUACGAAGAAAAAAGAACCGAAAUCAGAGUCAGUGUCAGUGAAAGGAACGAGACUUGCGUGGCUCCAAAAAAACAUUACAUAAAAGUUUAUAAAAAUUAUUAAUGAGACUUACGUUGUUACAUGGUACAUGUUAAAUUACAAUUAAUAAAAUAAUGUCAUCACUUUUUGUUAAAAGUAACCCAAUUUUUAAUUUUAUAAAUCGGAAGAAUGCGGAAUUCUGAAUUUACAUAAAAACUUACUUAAGAGAAAAUCAGAAUUUACAUAAAAUAUGAAUUUUACACAAAAUCUUAAUUUAUGCAAAAUCAGAAUUUAUUCAAAAUCUAAAUUUACAUAAAAUCAUCCUUUAUACAAAAUCAAAAUUUACCCAAAAGUUUUUAUUUUAUGCAAAAUCUGAAUUAACGUAAUUUUACGUUAUGGCUACGAAUCGCACUUAAAGUCUUUACGAUGUUCAUGAAAUGAUCGCAAUCCUCCUAAACACACAAUUACGAAAGUAAAUAAGGCGUGUUCCUGUGGUGACAUUUUGAGGGGCGGAGCCAGGGGUAUCUAAGGCAAAUGGGGCGGGGACUAAGUAGAUGGCUUCAGGGAACUGAGUGGGCGGAGCUGAGACUAUAUAUUUUUAUUUAAGGCUACAAACUGUUAAAGCUGCAUGUAAAUUUGUAAAGUGCGAACUGAAGGUUCGUGAAUAAACAUUCGUACAAACGUCCAGAGUUUCACACGUUACAGUGGUGGAAUUUUAAAACGAUUACUGUGUUUACAAGCGUUUACAUUGUUGUUGUUGUUUUUUUGUUUUUUUUUUUACAGGAAAUUAACUCCAAAUAAAAUUAGCCAAAUGGCUUAAGGUUUUUGAGUUCUUGUUAAUAUUUUUAUUACAAUUUAGAGAUUUGUUUUAAAAUUACAAACUGCUCCUUCAGGAUGAAGCUAGUUCUCAAAUUUAAGCUAACACACUCAUCGCAUUUUAGCUAAACAGCAUAAACACACUGUAAUCGCGACUUUUUAGCAUCUUUGUGUCUUUUAUGAAGUGCUUAUAUAGUGCUUUGGAAGUGCUUACGUAGCUAUUGAAGUGCUUAUGUAAUGUCUAAGAAGUGCUUAUGUAGUGCCUAUGUAGUGAUCACACAGUGCUUAUGUAGUGCCUAUGGAGUGCUUAUGUAGUGAAAACGCUCUGCUUUUGUACUUUUGCUACUCGAAUCAAUGCCUUAAGAUGAAGUUCGUUCUUUCCGUUAGUCGGCUUUAAGCUAGCGCGCUGUUAGCGAGUCGUCUGAGCACCAAAGGUUUGUUUUGAUUUUCAUCUUGUAGCAUGCACGCUUCACUUAACGCAAGCCAAAGUUAAAAUCAGUCAAGAAAUAAAGCAAUAAAUUAAAAAAAAAUGCAAAAAAAUACAAAAAACUUUUUGAAUGUAGAUUAGGACACGUUUCAAACCUUUCCGCUUGAUUAUUCAAUCGAUUAAGAGGCUCCUGUAACAUACACUGAUAAACAAUUCACAUUAACCGACGUUUCCAUCAAUAAUUCGGGGAAAUAGAGUCUUUUUUUUUUAUUCUUUUAAUAGUUUUUGGUGAACUGCUGUCCUGUAUGUGACACAAAAAUUUGAAAAAGUUCCUCAGUUAAUCAGUCAAUUUUUUUUAAUACUAUUGUGUGAAUUGUGGUUUUAAAGGUUUCAAAGAAAUCGAUGUAAAAAAGGAAAAAAUAUAAAAAAUUAAGCGCCAUGUAUGUGUUUUUUUUUUUUUGGUGUAAAUCAUAAGUUACCUCUACACGUAACCCAUCCUGCUAUUGGCUGUUAAAAGUGUUCGUACAAGUGUUCCUUUGCUUUUUAAAAAAUAAAACGAAAUAAAAAAUUGUUUUUUUUUUUCUUUUGAAGUUUUUGUUUGUUGUGUGUUUUUUCUGUCUUUGCUUUAAAUAUUCUUCACGUUUUUGUUACUUAAACUUUGUAAGUUUAUAGCUGUUUUUUACAGAGUGUGGCUUUAUUAUUAUUAUUAUUAUUGUUGUUAUUAUUAUUAUAAUUAUAUUAUAUGAAAUUCUGGCCCCGAUAUUCGUAUUUGUAAACUGACGAUCCAUUUUGUCGAGUACGUGUGUAAAACGGACACGAGCCUCCCAACGCUACAAGGAUUUUUACGUGCAGCUUCCUGUAAAUUUGUUUCAUUUAUCUGUUUCUUUGCAUCCUAUUAAAUAAAAAUGAUCCUCUUUGUG